AUGUAUGAUGUGUUAUCCAAAGAAAUUAAACUUAGUACUGGAACAUUAUCUGGAUUCUAUCGCCAUCAAAGAAAACCACAAGUUCCAUCAUUAGAUAAAAUCGAAGCCUGGACACCUAUUGAGAGAAUUCGAAUGGUAGCUGUUUUUAUUCAAAACAGCCAGAUAUUGACUGAGUUAUGGUAA